GAGAGUUCUGCGUGUAUGCGGAAUAUUGCACCACAUCACAAUGAAAAUCGGUCUCAUAAAAUCCACGAACAUCGCGGAAAUGUGAUAUAUUCAAUAGAUAUUUUUGAAACAUUUAUUUAGAUAAAGUAUUCAACCAAGCUCUUGAAGAUGUAUGGCCAAGAUGAAGAAAUGGAGGAUGAGAGUGAUGACAUCACUCCCGAUCUCUGGCAGGAGGCCUGCUGGAUUGUCAUCAGCUCAUAUUUUGAUGAGAAGGGAUUGGUACGACAACAACUGGAUUCCUUUGACGAGUUUAUCCAGAUGUCUGUACAGCGUAUUGUGGAAGACUCACCGCAGAUUGACCUACAGGCCGAGGCACAGCACACAUCUGGAACCAUUGAAACACCUCCAAGAUACCUCCUGAAGUUUGAACAGAUCUAUUUAUCAAAGCCAACUCAUUGGGAGAAAGAUGGUGCACCAAGUCCCAUGAUGCCAAAUGAAGCAAGGCUCCGAAAUCUUACAUAUUCAGCCCCUCUGUAUGUGGACAUUACUAAAACUGUGGUAAAGGAAGGAGAGGACCCCAUAGAAACCACUCACCAAAAGACUUUUAUCGGGAAAAUCCCAAUCAUGUUACGGUCCACCUACUGUCUACUGAGUGGCCUCACAGAUCGUGAUUUAACAGAAUUAAACGAGUGUCCACUUGAUCCUGGAGGAUAUUUCAUCAUUAACGGAUCAGAAAAAGUACUCAUUGCUCAAGAGAAAAUGGCAACAAACACAGUGUAUGUAUUUCAGCAGAAAGAUUCCAAGUAUGCUUUUAAGACGGAGAUUCGGUCGUGUUUGGAGCAUUCCUCCAGACCUACAAGUACACUUUGGGUGAACAUGAUGGCCAAGGGAGGAGGGGGAGCUAAGAAGAGUGCUAUAGGACAGAGAAUCAUCGGUAUCCUGCCAUACAUCAAACAGGAGAUCCCAAUCAUUAUCGUGUUCCGAGCCCUCGGAUUCGUGUCGGACAGAGAUAUCCUGGAACACAUCAUCUACGACUUUGAUGAUCCAGAGAUGAUGGAAAUGGUUAAGCCCUCCCUUGACGAGGCAUUUGUGAUACAGGAACGAAAUGUAGCACUCAACUUCAUUGGUUCACGUGGUGCUCGGCCAGGUGUGACCAAGGAGAAGAGAAUUAAAUAUGCUCGUGAAAUUCUACAGAAAGAAAUGUUGCCUCACGUUGGCGUCAGUGACUUCUGUGAGACCAAGAAAGCCUACUUUCUAGGGUACAUGGUACACCGCCUGUUAUUGGCAGCCUUGGGUCGACGGGAAGUGGACGAUCGUGAUCACUACGGCAACAAGAGACUUGAUUUGGCCGGACCCCUACUGGCCUUCCUGUUUCGAGGAAUGUUCAGAAACUUGAUGAAGGAAGUAAGAAUGUAUUCACAGAAGUUCAUCGACAGAGGGAAGGACUUCAACCUAGAGCUGGCAAUCAAGACUCGUAUCAUUACAGAUGGCCUUAAAUACUCCCUGGCUACAGGAAACUGGGGUGACCAGAAAAAAGCUCAUCAGGCUCGGGCAGGUGUAUCUCAGGUGUUAAACAGACUGACAUUCGUGUCAACCUUAUCUCAUUUACGACGGUUGAAUUCUCCCAUCGGUAGAGAUGGUAAAUUGGCCCGUCCUCGACAGCUACAUAACACACAGUGGGGAAUGGUGUGUCCUGCUGAAACACCAGAGGGCGGUGCUGUAGGCCUGGUGAAGAACCUUGCCCUUAUGGCGUACAUUUCCGUUGGUUCUCAGCCCUCACCGAUCCUCGAGUUCUUGGAGGAGUGGAGUAUGGAAAACUUGGAGGAGGUCGCCCCAUCUUCUAUACAGGAUGCUACAAAAAUCUUUGUGAACGGUUGCUGGGUGGGCAUACACAGGGACGCUGAACACUUGAUGAACACGCUCAGAAAACUCCGCAGAGAGAUGGACAUCAUUGUGUCUGAGGUGUCCAUGAUCAGAGAUAUUCGUGACAGAGAAAUCCGGAUUUAUACAGAUGCUGGAAGGAUCUGUCGGCCUUUGCUGAUUGUGGACAACCAGAAACUUCUGUUGAAACAAAGUCAUAUCAAACAACUGAAACAGAAGGAGUACAAUAGUUACAGUUGGCAGGAUCUGGUGGCCAGUGGAGUUGUUGAGUACAUUGACCCCCUCGAGGAGGAGUCCAUCAUGCUGGCUAUGACCCCUGAUGACCUUUCCGAGGACAAGGACGUCCAGUACUGUUCUACCUACACUCACUGUGAGAUCCACCCAGCCAUGAUCCUCGGCGUGUGUGCCUCUAUCAUCCCCUUCCCAGAUCACAACCAGUCUCCACGUAACACAUACCAAUCCGCUAUGGGUAAACAGGCCAUGGGUGUCUAUAUCACUAAUUUCCACGUAAGGAUGGACACCCUAGCCCACGGACUCCUCUACCCACAGAAGCCUCUAGUCACCACACGUUCCAUGGAGUAUCUCCGCUUCAGGGAGCUUCCUGCAGGAAUCAACACUGUUGUUGCCAUUGCGACCUAUACAGGAUACAACCAAGAAGAUUCUGUCAUUCUGAACGCUUCAGCUAUCGAACGAGGAUACUUCAGGUCAUUUUUCUUCCGGUCUUACAAGGAUGCAGAGACAAAGAAAGGAUUAGAUCAGGAAGAGUUAUUCGAAAAGCCUGACAGAGAAAAUGUUCAAGGUAUGAGGCCAGCAAUCUAUGACAAGUUGGAUGAAGAUGGUAUCAUUUCACCAGGGCUCCGAGUGUCUGGGGACGACGUCCUGAUUGGCAAGACAAUGACCUUGCCUCCCAAUGAUGACGAGCUUGAUGCCACUGCAAGGAGAUUUUCCAAGCGGGAUGCCAGUGUGUUCAUGAGGAGAAGUGAAACUGGAAUUAUUGAUCAGGUGAUGGUGACCAUCAACCAGGAGGGUUAUAAAUUCUGUAAGAUCCGUGUGAGGACGGUGAAGACUCCCCAGAUCGGAGACAAAUUUGCCAGUCGUCACGGUCAGAAAGGAACCUGUGGGAUCACUUACCGACAGGAGGACAUGCCAUUUACCUGCGAGGGAAUCACUCCAGAUAUCAUUAUCAAUCCUCACGCUAUUCCCAGUAGAAUGACAAUUGGCCAUUUAUUCGAGUGCCUUCAGAGUAAAGUAGCAGCAAACAAGGGCGAGAUCGGUGAUGCUACGCCCUUCAACGACGCGGUCAAUGUACAGAAAGUGUCUAACUUACUACACCAGUACGGUUAUCACCAACGAGGAAACGAGAUUCUGUACAAUGGCUUCACAGGACGGAAGUUAAAUGCUCAGGUGUUCCUCGGACCGACCUACUACCAGCGUCUGAAGCAUAUGGUGGAUGACAAGAUCCACUCUAGAGCUCGAGGUCCUCUACAGAUCCUCAACCGACAGCCUAUGGAGGGAAGAGCCAG